AGUCUGCUGCCUCCAGUAGUCAACAAACCGCGCAGCGUAAAAAGAAACGAAAACAACACCAUGUGCAGCGAUAAUUCGCUUUAAUUCUGCGCAGUUUUUAACAAUUCCAUCCGUCUUCAGUUCAGCAAACGCAUAAAAUCAAUGUCACACAACACCUUGCCAGAAUCCAGCUCACCACCAAAGAUGUCGCACUACCAAGUGCUGGAUGUUGCGCCCGAUGCUACACUGGAGGAAAUCCGUCGCUCGUAUCAAUCGUUGGCUCUUCGAUUGCAUCCGGACAAAGUGAGAUCGGAACCGAUUGCCCAGGGACAAAACGAACAGCUGACGACAGAUCAAUUCAUAAGAAUCGACGAAGCCUGGAAGGUGCUGAGAGACGAGGAAGCCCGACGGGUGUACGAUGCCGAGCUGAUGCAGCGGACGUGUCGGGAGGAGUAUUUCGUAAAUGAGGUCCUACGGAGGACGGAUUUUAGGCACGACCCGGAUGAGGAUUUCUACUAUCAUACGUGUCGUUGUGGUGGAUUGUAUGUGCUGCCCGAACAGAUGGACGGAGAUGAGAGUUGUUACAUUUCCUGUGAUGAAUGUUCGCUAGUUGUGCAAGUGGACCAAAAAUAAUGGAAUUGUUAUUUGCAAUAGUCUC